GGCGACCACAUAUAUUGUCAAAGAAUGGGGGGUCUAUACGAUCACCAUGGAAUAUAUGUGGGCGACGACAUGGUGAUUCAUCUCCAAGGAAAAGGAAAGAAACUUAGCGCUCCAUCUCCAUGCAACAAAUGUGGAAACAAGCGAUUCAUCAAUGGUGAAAUAGAAAAAGUAUGCAUCGACUGUUUCCUCGAAGGAGAAACAGUUCAAAUCUAUGACUAUGGAAUUCCUUUUAUUGAAUUCGCUAACAGAAAACUCGGCACCUGCUCUAGUAUCCCGUCCAAACCUCCCCAUGAAGUUAUCGCGACUGCCGUCAAUUACCUCGAAAAAGGGUUUGCCCCGUACGACAUGAUCUCAAACAAUUGCGAGCACUUCGCCGUGUAUUGCAAGACGGGGACCGCCGUGAGCCACCAGGUUGUACUCCAUACAUGUAAUAUAUUGUAAUAUAUUUUUGUUGGGUUUUGUAUUAAA